AUGGAUUUAGAAACCAAGGCAUUGGGUAAGAAGACCAAGGCUGAGAAGCAACAGAACAACGCCAUUAAUUUCCCUGCAACAUCUCUAACAAUUGGCACAUGGGAGGUCAUUGCGAAGAAUCCUGGAGAAUUGACGGGAAAAUGCUAUUUCGGUCAACGCAAAUUGGUUUGGGAGAUUUUGGAAGUUAAUUGCAAAUUGAAGAAGAAAAUGGAAAUGCAAUGGUCAGACAUUACUGCUAUGAGAGCAUCCUUUCUCGAAGACACGACACCAACUUUCGAAAUUGUGUUGUGUCAGAUGCCUCAAUUCCAUGAAGAAAUUGAGCCGCAGCCCAAAAAGCAUAGUCAAUGGCGUCCUGCAUCUGAUUUCACAAGAGGCCAGGCAUUGAAGCACAGAUAA